GCUUUUGUAGACACAAACACGCUGGCGUUGCUUCAAAUAGCAGCUUUCGUAUUUCUUUGCAUUUCUGCCGUUGUUGCCAAGGGUCGUGUGGAGGACCUUGCGUUUCAGUGCCAUUAUCGACGUCUGAUGCUCUUACUGUGCUUACAUCUUGGCCAACACCUGCUUGCUUUGCCUGUCGAUUUGCUUCGUGCCGGGAUCGAUUGAGCGACGACCUGCGCGCCGCUGUUGGCGCAGCGGGUGUGUGAUCGAGAAGUGGACAAAUGGCGCUCUAUCAGCUGUCGGCGGUGGCUAUUCGUGCGUCGUCUGCUACCGCCCGUAGUCUGCGCGCCUCGGUGGUUGUGCCCGCGCGUUCCUGCUUCUACAAGCCAAGCCGCAAGGGCAGCGAAGACUACGAGCGGCCGCAGCCCGAGGUCGACUACAGGACACUGUUCAGAGAUAGCUACAAUGUGCUGAAGCAAGACUUACGCCAGUUUGGCGACGAUCUAGUCGAGACUCUGCGCUGUGACCCCGCCAUGUACGUGCACGGUGACUGCCAAGUGUUCUGGGACGCCCAAAGCAUCGCCGCCGACUGGACGGUGACUGCCGACAGCGACAACAACGAGGGCUUCUCCCGAGCGCAGCUGACGGCGGGAGCUGUCUUUUCGGGCUACCUGGACACCACCGUUCCGAAGGACGGAAAGGUGGUGGAGACCGGCUACUGCAACGUGCGCUCGCCCCGGGCGCGGCGGCCCUUCAACAUGCCGGCUGCGUAUGACUGGACCCCUUUCACGCACCUCGAGUUGCGCGUUCGUGGCGACGGGCGCUCCUACAUGAUCAACCUGGGCGCCGACCACUACUUCGACGUGACCUGGAACGUGCUUUACCACUUCCCGCUGUACACCCGCGGCGGGCCCUACUGGCAGGUGACGCGCAUACCUUUCUCCAAGUUCCUAGUGGGCAACAAGGGCCGCAUUCAGGACAAGCAGGGCGCCAUCGACCUCAGCAACGUAAAGCACAUGGGCAUUACGCUCGCCGACGGCAUCUCGGGCCCAUUCCGACUAGAGGUGGACUAUAUCGGUGGCUACGUGGACGACUCGCACACCGAAGAGUUCGCCUACGAGAUGUACCGAGUGCCCCUGGGCUAUGGGCUCGGCGGUGGCACCUGUUGACGACACGCGAGUCAGCAGAAGCGGGCGUACUGUACCACGAGUGCAAAGCUACCAAAGUGUUCGAGCUUAAGCCGGCUUCUGCGCAGUGACCAGGCUUGGCUACUUGAAGCUAUAAAAUGCGUUCAGAGUGCUUACAACGUGCAUUUGUUUAAAGCACAGUACAAUAUUAAAAAAUGUCACGUUGUGUGAAAGGUGUUUGUGUUUAUAGUUUAAGACGGCGUACUUGGAGGGUUUAGCUUGAAUGUGCUGCCGCAGCGACAUUGCGCCUACAUCUCAACACUAUGCCGGCAUCCGAUAAGUCGUGGGAGCAAUGCCCAGUUCAUCUUCUUGGAAAGUUCAAACCACACAAGAACGUGCACUGACAAAAGCUAGAGUACUGAAAACGCACCAAGCUUAUGCUAGCAGGAAGCUUCAGAGCUACUAUGCUGCGCACAUCCUCCAAGGCCUAAAUACUAGAAGCUAACAUCAAUGUUAAUAAUAUGCUAGACUUGACCACGAGCCGACGUUGGUAAGAUGUGCUCUUUUAUUUUACGCGUGUCAGGAGCACCGUGGAGCUGCAUCACUUUGUUUCGUGAGGUAAUAUUCUAGUAUUUUUCUUUGUCAGUCAUGGCAUUUAUGCUUCACUUACUGUAAAUUAGUGUUUUGACAGUGUGAUGUUCUUAAACAUAUGCUCUCAAAUAAGCAGUUAUAAAAAAGUAUGGACUUGAUAGGCGGCAUUGCUUCCUCAGCUUUACGUUUACCAUGUUGCAUUUUUCACGUUCUGAAUAAAUUGAAAACACAAAUGAGCUCAGCUUGUAAACACAUGCUUAUUUUCUGUAGAUUAGAAAAAUACAGCUUUGUUUUAU